AUGCGAUCUCCUCACAUCAUCGUUCUCUUCUUCUUCCUUUCUCUACUCCUCCAAACCCAUCAAAGAACCAUUGAAAAAACUCACUGGCCGGCUGGCUCCAAUGCUCAACAAGUCAAUAAUGUGGUGGUGACUUCUCAGGAAGGGAGAAGAAGAGAGAGCUUUAGGGUUCGGAGGCCGAUGACCUCAUGGCGGAAGGGGACGAUGCUCAAUAACAGUGAACAUGAAGUCCCAAGUGGUCCGAAUCCCAUCUCCAAUAGCGGCGCAUAUCUCCCUAUCGAGACAGAUUCUUAGAUAAAGGCUACUGAAGAGCAAUUGGUCACUGUUCUGGAUUUGCAACAAUGCUAGACCCAAGACAACUAUUUUCUUCAGCUAGUUUCAUGUCUUCUUCGAACCAAGAAGAAUACAAACAAGAAGAUGGAUGUAUCAAAUGAGCAAAUUUCCAGUUGUAGAUGCAGACGCCACCGAAGAAUACUUCUGUAAUAGUUUUUUUAGGCUUGUGUUUUGUGGUUAA